UGGGGGGCGGGAUCGUCUCCUGCGCCGAUUCUGCAUGGGCGGCGGAGGACUGCUGGACGCGGCCAUUGGAGGGUCUCCAGGCGCCGUUCCCUUUGCGCUGCUUCUUUUGCCGCUGCCGCCGCCCCCAUGGCUACAGCGUCGCCCUUGAAAGUCAGCAUCGUGGGCUCAGGAAACUGGGGUUCUGCUGUGGCUAAAAUAAUAGGCAACAAUGUAAAAACGCUGCAAAAGUUCGCUUCUACGGUGAAAAUGUGGGUUUUUGAGGAAAACGUUGAUGGACGGAAAUUAACCGAUAUCAUAAAUAAUGAUCACGAGAAUGUGAAAUAUCUCCCUGGGCACAAGCUUCCAGACAAUGUGGUUGCUGUCCCAAAUCUGAAGGAUGCCGUGCAAGACGCAGACUUGCUGGUUUUUGUCAUUCCCCACCAGUUCAUUCAUAAAAUUUGCGAUGAGAUCACGGGGCGCGUAGCCAAGAAAGCUGUCGGUAUAACUCUCAUUAAGGGAAUAGACGAAGGUCCAGAGGGUCUCAAACUCAUAUCUGACAUCAUCCGAGAGAAAAUGGGAAUAGACAUCAGUGUGCUGAUGGGAGCAAAUAUUGCCAAUGAAGUCGCAGCGGAGAAGUUCUGUGAAACCACAAUAGGCUGCAAAAUUUUGGAGAAUGGCUUCCUCUUCAAAGAACUUCUCCAGACUCCGAACUUCCGAAUAACUGUGGUGGACGAUGCCGAUACUGUUGAGCUUUGCGGUGCUCUUAAGAACAUUGUGGCUGUGGGAGCUGGCUUCUGCGAUGGCCUCCGCUGCGGCGAUAACACCAAAGCAGCUGUCAUUAGGCUGGGGCUGAUGGAAAUGAUUGCCUUCGCGAAGUUCUUCUGCAAGGGGCAGGUGUCCACUGCCACUUUCCUGGAGAGCUGUGGCGUGGCAGACCUGAUCACCACGUGCUACGGGGGCCGCAAUCGGAGAGUGGCCGAAGCAUUUGUUAAAACAGGAAAGUCUAUUGAAGAAUUGGAGCAAGAGAUGUUGAAUGGACAAAAGCUUCAAGGGCCGCAGACAUCCGCAGAGGUGUAUCGCAUUCUUCAACAGAAAGGAUUAGUGGAGAAGUUUCCACUAUUUGCUGCUGUCUACCAAAUCUGCUACGAAGGGAAACCCGUCCAGGAUAUGAUUUCCUGUCUUCAGAGUCACCCCGAGCAUAUAUAACGCAUGCCUUGCCAUUGUCGCAACUCCUGCCUUUUCAUAGUAAUACGUGGGUUCAAAUGGGUAUCAUGAAGUUUUGCAAAGCGUUAACUCCGUUAAGCAAUCAUGGCAAAAUGAAUGUCAAUUUGUAGGUAAUUUUCAGUUUGAUGUAAUAGUGCGACGCCUAGAAUGUCAGCGGUCUUUUUUUUACUGGCUAACAUUUUGGGUAGAUUUCAGAAUAACACCGAGCAGGGCUUUCACACUCCUCUGAGUAUCCAUUUAUAUGUCUUAGCAGUAUGGAAAAUGCUUGAUGUUUUUGUAGCCUUCAUUCUGAUGCUUUCUUUUCCUAAAGGGACCCAUCUAGAGCACUCCAGUGAUUAUUGUUGGCGGGGGGGAGAGAGACGCAGGUACAGAUCCUUUUUCUUUUUUAUGGGCAUCAGAGAUGGCCUGAAAUGCAUUCUGCAUUGAGGCUCUUUGCUAUAUAUAAAAAAAAUGAGCUUCUGUAGUGUACGCCCAGCUUUUAAUCAGGGUUACAUGCCUUUACUUGAGAAUGUUUCUUUUUUUUAACAAAUGUUUUGAUGAUAAUCAAUUUGAUAGCAUUUAUUAGGUGAGGGAAGAGCACUUUGACCUUUUAACUUACUUACAUUUUAAAAGAGAUUUUAAGAAAUUGAGGGGGGGGGGAAUCAAAUGUGUUUAAAUAGUUGCAAUAUCUUUCAUCUUUUAAAAAGGGGAAGUAAUGUAGACAGGGCCUGUGUACCAAACAAGGGGCUUUAUAGAUAUGGCUUUGGUGCUUGGCAUCAUCCCACGUUUAUUACCAAAACGAAACUGUGGUUUUGGAACAUGCGAAUGCAAAACUGGCCUUAUGCCGGCUGGAUUCAGGCAAACAGGUGUGUGUGUGUGAGAGAGAGAGAGAGAGAGAGAGAGAAUUCUCUGAUCCAGUGCAUGUAUGACGGAAAUUGCAAAUUCAUUGCCACUUGGCUUGGAAAGCUAUUCAAAGGAAUUCACAACAGAUACUCAGAUGCAAUCUUGCUACUGAUCUGCUGGCAUGCUUUGAUGUGUUGGAAAUGGCCAGUACGCGGAGAGGAAAAACCUCUUGCGGUUUCGUUGUUUGUCCACUCCUCAAGUUACAUUAGAAAUAGCAAAUUCCCCUGUAUCCCACAGAAAGAUUCCUACACAGGCAACUUAGUGCUGUUAUACUGUUAUCUGACAGCAACUUGUGUGGUUGUGAUUCACAGGCCCUGCGUUCUAGCACUCAGUAUGUUGUGCUUAGUGUAGGUCGGAGGUGGAUAACUCGUGUGCGCCUCCAGAUGUUGUUGGACUCCAUUUCCCAUCAGCCCCAGCCAGCAGGGCUGAUGGUAAGGGAUGAUGGGAGUUGUAGUCCACAAAAUCUGGAGGCACACAGGCUCUCCAUCCCUGGUGUAGGUAAUAUACCAGGGGUGGUUCAGAAUACCACACACCGAGGAAUGUGAUGACAAUUCCCAUUAGCACAUGAUUGUAUAAUAAGCAAACUGUGUUCAGUUAUGACUGUGGUUUAUUUCAGUGCCUGUUAUGACUUCUCUGCCCAGCUGUUGAAAUCUAUUUAAUAGUACCCGCUGACUUAAAAUGAGAAAUGUUUCUGGGCGUUCUUCCUCAUCUAAACUGCCUUGACCUCCCUAAGCGUGUAUAGGACUGUGGUCUUAAAGACUGAAAUAAUUACUUUAUCUUGAUUUACAGCUGUUGAAGAAUCUGAUAUAUCCCUCAAUUCCCUUGUUAGAAUUGGACAUUAAAUACCGUAUUUUUUGCACCAUAACACUCACUUUUUUCCUCCUAGAAAGUAAGGGGAAAUGUCUGUGCGUGUUAUGGAGGGAAUGCCUACAGGUGGCAUGCCUACGGAUUUUCCUCCUCUAAAAACUACGUGCGUGUUAUGGUCGGGUGCGUGUUAUAGAGCGAAAAAUACGGUAGUUCGCCUAUUUAUGUUGGAAGAAAAGAUACCAAAAACUGGGGGGAGGGAUGUUGUCAGGUGUAUUAAUAUGAUUUCAUAACCUGCAGAUGAAUGCAAGUAUGUCAAGUACUAGAAGGCAAUCCUGUGCUGAUUAUGGAACUUUCAGCAUGGAAGUUAUUAUACAUUUAUAUCCCACUUUUCCUAAAAGGGAUUGAAAGUGGUGUGUGUGUGGUCCUCAAGUUUAACCAACAACCCUGUGAAGUAGGUUAGGCUGAGAUGCGGUUCGCCUAAGGUCACCCAGUGAAGCUCCAUGGUAGGAUUUGAACUUGGGUCUCCCCAGUUGUAGACCAGAAUGCUCUCACCACUCCAGCACACUGGCUUUUUAGCUACCUUUACAUCCCCUCCUAGAGGGACGUGGGUGGCACUGUGGGUUAAACCACAGAGCCUAGGACUUGCCGAUCAGGUCAGCGGUUUGAAUCCCCGUGACGGAGUGAGCUCCCGUUGCUCAGUCCCAACUCCUGCCAACCUAGCAGUUCGAAAGCACGUCAAAGUGCAAGUAGAUAAAUAGGUACCGCUCUGGCGGGAAGGUAAACAGCGUUUCCAUGCACUGCUCUGGUUCACGAGAAGCGGCUUAGUCAUGCUGGCCACAUGACCCGGAAGCUAUAAGCUGGCUCCCUCGGCCAAUAAAGCAAGAUGAGCGCCACAACCCCAGAGUUGGUCACGACUGGACCUAAUGGUCAGGGGUCCCUUUACCUUUUUGCAUACCCUCCUAGCCCUUAAAGGGAUUGGGUAUGGUUAUUAAGGUCUUUCUUGUUGGAAGUUCAACAAGAUUCAGAAGACCCAGAAUAGUCCUUCUUUAAAGACUAUGGAAGUGCCCCAAGUAGUUUUAUUGUGCAACCUUUUGAGGUUAUACGUGUUAUAAUGAAAUGGAUACCUGGGAAUGAAUGCCUCACGUACAUUUAUUUACACAGCUGAGAUAGUGCUUAAAACCUGAGAAUGGAGAUACUUUCACACGCCCCUCCCGCCAUGUAGGGAAAAGGAUAGAAACUGAAAAUGCAGAGCAUGUUGUUCUUUGUAUGUGCUAAUUGCAUUUGCAUGUAUUUGCUACAUAGGGAGCUUCUUUACACUGUGUUAGACCAUUGAUCCAUCCAGUGGCGUAGUGCGGGGGAGAGGCCACAGGGGCGCAAAAUUUCAACACCCGGUGCUGCCUCAAUACAGCUGUGCCCUUCCAUUACUGGGCUCCGUUGAAAACAGCUUCUCCAUGAGAACCAGGAAGUGACCUCUCCAGACAAUGGAACAACCCUUCUUUUCUUAUCUCUGUGACUGCAAUCUCCUGGGUGACGCAGACGCCGUUAGGCAAUUGAACGCACAUGCAUACUCCGUCCGUUUACCUCCCACCCAGCCCUGCCACGCGGCCCUAAACACUGGCAACCCAUGCUACACCACUGGAUCCAUCUAGAUCAGAAUUGCCUACACCAGGGGGUAGGGAACUUUUAUUGCUCAGUGGGCCAGACCUUUAUCUCUCCCUCCUUCUGCAGGCAAACUCUGCCAGGUGGGCGUGGUUUGGGGGAAAUGAUGUCACAGGCCAACUUGGACUCCCUGGUGAGCCAUGAUUGACCUGAGGGUCAACUACUGGCAGACGCUGUCCAGGAUUUCUGGGAAGGGAGAGUCUUUCCCAGCCCUACCCUUUAGAUUCUAGGGAUUGAACCUCUGACCUUCUGCAAGCAAACCAGAUUCUCUACUGCUGAGCUAUAGCCCCUUCCCCAUAGUCAUGUAAGUGAAUUGCACACCUUUCCCCACACACACACACAUGUAAUAAAAGCACAUGUGAAACAUCCUUUGCUAUAGCAAUUAAAAAAACAAAAUGAUUCUGUAAACAUGUUUUGUUAACUCUCUACACCGCGAGUGUGCAGCUGCUAAUUUUAUGGGCUGCAUUUUGCCUUCAUUUUCUUGAUUCCACUAUUCUGUUGACUAGGAAAGAUGGUCAGGACUUGAGUGGCUCAAAUUUAAUGUGGUACUGUGAGAUUUGUUUAGAAUCUCAGGAGAGCAUGUUUGAAAGAAUGGCUGUUGGUGGGCUAUAUUGGGCAGAAAGCACACACUCCCCUUGAUGGCAUAAACCCUAUUGGGUCUUAUGGGAAAUUAUGACAUUUCUUUUUAAUUUUUAAUUAUCUAGCUUAAUAAUGGACCUGCCUUUAUUAUCUUUUUAACAUACAAUGUGUAUGUCCAUUUAUGUUUUGUGUAGUACAUAAAGGGCUAUGUAAACUGAAUGUAGCAAAUUACAUGUACUGUUGAAUCACUUUUAAAGCUAUUAACUCUGUUUAAUGAAAUGAAUAUUUGCUUUGUUUCUGUUAAGCCAGUUGGUUUUGAAAUGCAAUGGAAGUAACAUUGAAUGAUUUCUCCAAGCUCCACUCACUAUUGUUGUUGUUGUUACUGUUUUUUCAGUAAAACAUAAUAAACUA